CUCUCUCACGAAAUCCCUAGCGCCGCCGAGUCCAGCAGAGAAGGAACGGCUCCGGCAAUGAACUGAUCGGAGACGAACACAGAGCCAUUGGAGAUGUCUGUUUAACAAAAACCCACAAACAAACCUAUAGAUUCGCUCUUAGGAGGAGCCAUGGCGGAGACUGAAACGGAUAUUCCGAAGAUGAAGCCGAGGCCGAUCGUGCGUCUUGGGCUCUUCCUCAUGUCACAUAGCCUCCUCGCCAGUAUUGUUUGCUGCAGCGCAGGGGUUUUAGCUCUAUUGUUGCUUCCUGUUCUAGCCAAGAACACUUACAUUUCUGAAAAUGCUCUCAUGCCAGGUUCUGCAAAUCCCAUGCUCAGUAAUCAGGACAUCGUGCAGGCAAAUAAACUGGCCGAGGACUUAUCUGAUUUGGAUUUCAAAUCUGCAGAAACAGCGGGCAUACAACGUCGAAGGCUUAUAGCUCAGUAUAUUUCAAACUUGGGUGCUGAAGCUAGUUAUCAUAAAUUUCAUCCUCCAAUGAAUAGAUUUCAUCCUCUGCACUUUUUUGCUACCCCUGAUUCUGAGAUGAUAGAAGGGAGCACUAACUGUUCUAUAUAUGGUGUCAACAUGGUUGGAAUAAUAAGAGCUCCACGAGGUGAUGGGAAGGAAGCUAUUGUUUUGGUCACUCCUUACAACUUUGGAAGAAGUAGUCAGGGGGAAACUUUAUCUUUGAGCAUUGCAUUUUCGGUAUUUUCCUUGCUCACUCGAGUUACUUGGCUGGCCAAGGAUAUAAUUUGGCUUGUUGCAGAUGCACAAUUUGGUGAAUAUCCUCCCGUUGCUGCUUGGUUAAGAGAUUAUCACACUCCUGCAUUUGGUUCCUUUGGCACAUUAGGUGCUGAAAUGUGUUGCAAAACUUAUAAUAUUUAUGAAUUGGAACAGGAUUCUAUUGAACAAAGAAAUUUAACUGAUGGACUUAAACGUGCUGGGACUAUGGCUGCUGCCCUAGUGAUAAACGUUGCAGACAAGAAUGAACCAUUUGAGGACAGCCUUGGCAUGUAUGUAGAGGCAUCCAAUGGACAGAUGCCAAACCUAGACCUUAUUAAUAUUGUGAACUAUUUAGCUGUACAUAGACAAGGGUUGCGUGUAAAGGUGGAAAAAUUUUGGUCUUUACUUGGUUCAAAAUGGCUCAAGAUUUUAGGUGAAGUAUUUGAAUCGCUUGGAGAAGUGGCAAAAAGCUUAAAUCCUCAAUGGAAAUUUGGCAUCCCAGCUGCUGAUUAUGUUGAAGGAACUGCGACACUUGUGAGCUCACUAUAUUAUCAGGCAUUGGGUAUUCCCACUGGUGCCCAUGGUGCUUUUCGAGAUUUCCAAGUUGAUGCAAUUACAUUGGAAAUUUCCCCUCGAGUUUCUUCCACUAACAAGGGCAGGCGCAAUGAGUUUCUUCUUCGGGGUGGCCGGUUAAUUGAAGGUGUUAUAAGAUCGGUAAAUAAUCUGCUUGAGAAGUUUCACCAGUCAUUUUUCCUUUAUCUUUUAACAUCCCCUAGUAAGUUCGUUUCAGUUGGUGUCUACAUGAUCCCUUUUGCACUCCUAGUGGCACCACUUCCACUUGUUGCUGCAUCUCUUUAUGCGGAUGGCAACAGUAAGAAUCUUAGUCCUCAAAAUGGAAAAUCCACUUCUUCCACAACUGUAGCUGCUGAUGAGCUUGGAAUCACAUUCAGGUCAUGGAAAUGGCUGAAUGCAGCAAGAAAGGUGUUUGUGGUUCAUGUGUGGGGUGCCAUUGUUUCCUUACUUCCAUAUUUCAUCAGUCAAAUUCCAGAUUGCAGCCCAGAGUACAGAUUUGGCAUAUGGGUGAUAUUCUCCUUGCUUGUCCUCCUGAUCUUGUACUUUAUUUUGGGUUUUCAAUUACCUCUUGCCCAAGUAUCCCGGUAUGAAAAGGGGGAAUGGGCUAUUCUGAAAUCGGUGACUAUCUCUGCGGUCUUCAUUGGUUUGUGUCUUAUGUCAGUUAUUAAUUUCGCUACAGCAGAGAUUGGGGCUUUACUGAUGGUGCCUACAUGUUUGCUCGCUUGUCCAUUGAAGCUGGAUACUGAAGCUUGUAAUUUGAAAAGUGUUACAAGGAUGGUUACUAAUUUGGUAUUGGUUACUCUUAGUUUUCCCCCGGUUGCAUUUUUUGUGUUGAAAGGUGUGGUUGAAGGUCAUGAUGGCUCAAAUGUGGGUGAUUUCUGGAUCUGGGUCGAGUCCCUUUGGGCUUGGAACAGUGCUACUUACCUCUAUAUGGGUAUGGUCCACCUUCCAUGCUGGGUUUUGUGUCUCCACGUAUUACUUCAUUCCUGUUAACACUUGUUUCAUCUUGUACAAUAGUAAUCAGCUAGACCUUAUAUCUGAAAGAUCAACGGCAUUCUCACGUUAAUGUUCAAUUACAUUCUCUCUUGACUUGCGGACUCGU